AUGUUUGUAACAAUAACAAGCUUGACUUCAACGCAACCAAUUCGUGAGAAAAAUGCUGAUGAAAAAAGUGCAGAUGCAUCGUAUUUUACACUUUUGGAAGAAGACCGCUCACAAAGCAUUGAGAGCCUUGUAGAUACGUCAUUUUUAGAUGAGGAUCUGACUAAUUCACCACCAGUUAGCGUACCAACUUUGGAUACUGAAUCCAGCUCCUGUCCAGUUGAUGUGCCACAUAGCAGCCGAAAGAAGCCAAGACGGGAGAAUGAUAGCGAAGCCUUCAACGAAUUUUUGAAUAAAAUGACAAAAAUAGCAGAAACUCGGUUUGCCGUUCCAUCAUCUCAAAAAGAAAGUGGGCCGCAUGAAGGUUUUUUUUCUAUGGUGCGAGAAAUUUUCGAUGAUUUACCCAGUGAUGUCGUUAAAGAAGCAAAAUUUUUUUUCAUAAAUUAUUUGCGUGACCAAGUGGCAGCAAAUAAAAAAGACUGA